AAAGAAGACGAAGUCCGCUACACUCACAUUCAGUUGUCAGGGGCUGUUCAACAGGCGUUUCCAAUUAUUAAAAUAGAGGGGGAGGGCAAAGUUAACAGAAUUAGAAUAUUAUUUACCUCCUGCAUUUCAGGGUAAUUUCUGCUUUUGUUAAAUCGGUAACUUGUGUUGGGUGGACAGAGAUUAUCUCGUCAUGUCGCUGAGAAAAGUGGUGCUUUUCGACCUGGGGGGAGUUUUAGUUAUCCCCUCUCUGCGGCAAGUUUUUCAGCGAUACGCGGAGUCCAUUGGUCUGCCGAGGGAUUUCUUCCAGAAGACCAUUGUCAGUGGGGGUCCAGAGAAUGCAUUUCUUCGGGCCGAAAAGGGUCAGCUAACCUUAACCCAGAUGGUUUCGGAAUUCGAGGCAGAGUGCCAGAAGAGUGCUGCCAGUGAGGGGAUUCCUCUGCCUGCUCAGUUCUCAGUGCGAGACCUCUUUGAAGACUUUGGCAAAGUCGGGAACAUCAAUGCUCCUAUGCUGGAAGCAGCCAUAAAACUUCGGAGUCGUGGUAUGGAAAUAAGGGGCCAGGCAAAACCCACCCAGAACAGUUCCAGUGCAAUUCCAUAUGGUGUAAAGCGAAGGCUGCUAGCCUUGGUGAUCUUUCUGGAUGACAUUGGAGCUAAUCUGAAGGUGGCUAGAGACCUGGGUAUGGCCACAAUUCUUGUUGAAGACACCACUGAAGCCCUAAAAGAGCUGCAGGCCCUCUCAGGAGUGGAGUUGUUAGGUCAGGAUGAAAUGGUCCCAUCGUCUAUCCAUCCUGAAGAAGUUUCUCAUGGGUUUGUUUCCAUUAAGCCUGGAGUCAAGACCCAUUACGUGGAGAAAGGAGAUGGACCACCUGUUCUUCUGUGUCAUGGAUUCCCUGAAAGCUGGUACUCCUGGAGAUAUCAGAUCCCAGCUCUGGCAGAUGCGGGUUUCAGAGUUCUGGCUCUAGACAUGAAAGGCUAUGGAGAUUCCACAGCACCCCCUGACAUAGAGGAGUAUUCUCAAGAAGAGCUUUGUAAGAAUUUGGUGACCUUCCUGGAUAAAAUGGGCAUUCCGCAGGUGACACUGGUUGGCCAUGACUGGGGUGGUUUAUUUGUGUGGAACAUGGCACAGUGCUAUCCUGAGAGACUCAGGGCUGUGGCAUCACUGAACACUCCCUUAUUUCCUGUUACGCCUGAUGCGAACCCCAUGGAAAAACUGAAAUCCUUGCCUAUUUUUGACUACCAGCUUUAUUUCCAGGACCCCGGUGUUGCUGAGGCAGAACUGGAGAAGAACCUGGAGAGAACCUUCAAGCUGAUCUUUGUGACUUAUAGAGAUCAGGAUCAAGGUCAACCUUUUUUGACUACAUCCAAUGUUCGCCAAAGAGGGGGGCUGCUGGUUGGAGCACCUGAGAAUCCUACCAGAAGUUCAUCUCUCAGUGAAGCAGCUUUGCAGUAUUAUGUCCAACAGUACAAGAAGAGUGGCUUCAGAGGUCCUUUAAACUGGUACCGAAACAUUGAGAGAAACUGGCGCUGGCUUUGUUCUAGGCCAAGGAGCAAGAUCAUGAUUCCGGCACUAAUGGUGACUGCAGGGAAAGACCGGGUGCUGUUGCCUGCCUUUUCAUCCGGAAUGGAGAACUUGAUUCCAAAUCUAACAAGAGGGCACAUUGAGGAAUGUGGACAUUGGACACAAAUGGAAAGGCCAGCUGAGCUCAAUAAAAUCCUCAUUACAUGGCUGAAGGAUGUACACCAGAAGGCCUCAAUCCCAGUUAAAACAAAGCUGUGAAAGAGAUGGUAGCUCUUAUUCCUGCUACACAGUGUUAAGAGGGGGUUUAUUACAAGGAACAAAUGAGAAUAACUUAAAUCUAACACUUAAUAUGAUGUACAGAUGCAGCCAUUUAAAAUGCGAGGUAAAAGCUCAUACCGAGCGAAAUUAUCUGCAGAUUAGGGCGGAUUACUGCAGUACCUGAUUGGCCAAAUGCUGCACAUGAAACGUUUAGCUCAGCUCAGCUAAGCCCAUCCCCACCUGGUGGUAUUACAAGGUAUUUCAUCCUAUUAAAAAAACACAAACAGUACUUUGCAGUUCAUUGCGAAUUGUCCACUGGUUUACCGCAGCAUAUGUCACACAUUUUGAAUGGCUGGAUCUGUAUAAUAUUUCUGUCAGUGUGAUGUAUUAAAGCAGUAAGAGAGAUGGUUAAGAUGGAGAGGAUCUGAGAAGGCCCUUUUAAUAACAUUUUGCAAAAAAAUCAAUAUUUUGGUCUGUGACAGUAGUAGACGUUUCAGGAAGUUACAUUUCUGUUUAUAUUUGAGUCAAACUCUUCUUAUAGGUCAUGAUUUAAGGUUUGAAACUGGUCCUAAAAAAACAAAAAAAAAAUGGAAUAGUACUGUAAAGGCUUGUUCUUCUGAUGGUUGUUAAUUAAAACAAGGAAAGUAUAUGUGCGUAAUAUAGAUUUAUAAUUCUUGGUCAGCUCUUAGUUGAAACCUUUCUUAUGUUCCUAUGAUUUAAUAAUGUUUAAUUAAAGAAUUCAUGCAAAAGAUCAAGUGUAAUUCAUGGAAUAUUCAUAGUUUAUGUAAGAUUAAACUUUAAAAAAUGUAAUUUUGAGUUUAAAAGUAUUUUGGGAAAUUGUGUGUAUUGUUCCUACGCUGCAAUAAAUGUAAUAA